CGCCGCUGUCGUCAAGCGGGCCAUGGGGAGCGGGGCGGCGGCGGCAGCGGAGGAGGCGGGCGCGCGGGCCGGCGAGGGGCCCCCUUGAGCCCCGGCGAACCCAGCCCGCGUCCUUCGCGAGAUGGAGGCGAAGCGGAAAGAGCCGCGGAAGGCGCUGAGGAUCAAAGUCAUCUCCAUGGGCAACGCGGAGGUGGGCAAGGUAAGAGCGAGGAGGAAGGCGCCUUAUUGGCUCGCGGGACGGGGAGUGACAAGGCGCGCAACCAGUCAGUCGCCCCCCGGCCGUUUUGACCGUUAUGGCAGUUGGGCGUUAGCGUGGGAUGGGGCGCUGAUUCUUUGGCCAAGCGCAAAGGCUUCUGGGAGGACAGGAGCAAUCCUUAUCUGUUGAGUUACAUUUGCAUAUAUGUAUAUUGCAGGCUUCCCCAAACUCCGCCCCCAGGUGUUUUGGGACUACAACUCCCACAAUCCCUAGCUAACAGGACCAGUGGUAAGGGAUGAAGGGAAUUGUAUUUUUUUUAAAAAAUGAUAUUUAUUAAAGUUUCAAUAAAAGAUUAAACAUAAAACAUAAAAAAGAAAUACACAAUACAUAAUCUAAAAGAAAAAAAAAUAAAGGAACAAAAGACAAAAAAGAAAGUAGAACAAUUAAAAACAAUAUCACCUUUUCAUCUCCAUUUUUAAAUUUACUUAUUUUCUGGACCUCCUCAUACCUCCCUCUUUUGUAUUCCAGUUCAAAUUGUUUGUCCAGCAAUUUCUUUCCCUCUUUUUUAAUCCCAAUCUUAACUCUUAAUAUAAUAUAACAUUAAAAUUUUACCUUUUAAAAAACCAAAUUUCCAUUUCCUUAAACUUUUUUAAUCCUAAUCCUUAAUCUUAAUCUAUCCAUAGUUUUAAAUCCUAAACAGCUGGAAGCCACUUAUUUUUAAUCCAACAUCACUCUAACAUUCUUUAAUUUUGCAUUGUUUCUGCAGAUAGUCUUUGAAUUUCUUCCAAUCUUCCUCCACCGACUCUUCUCCCUGGUCACGGAUUCUACCAGUCAUUUCCGCCAGUUCCAUAUAGUCCAUCAGUUUCAUCUGCCAUUCCUCCAGUUGGGAAUUGUAGUCCAAAACAUCUGGAGGGCUGAGUUUGGGGGUGCCUGGUAUAGUGUGUGUGUAUGUAUGUGUGUGUGUAUACACACACACACACGCAAGUAUAACUCAGAUAUACACAUAAAUAUAUAUAUAUGGUAAUGUUUAUAUUGUUACGGAAAAAUCUAGGUGUGAGGCUACUCAAUUACCCAGCUGGUCGGGCAGAGCCCGCGGGUCCCUGCAGAAUAAAGGAAGGAGUCCAGCCACCAACCGGAGCAAAUACAGUGGUACCUCGGGUUACAUACCCUUCAGGUUACAGACUCCGCUAACCCAGAAAUAGUACCUCGGGUUAAGAACUUUGCUUCAGGAUGAGAACAGAAAUCGUGCUCCAGCAGCGCGGCAGCAGCAGGGGGCCCCAUUAGCUAAAGUGGUGCUUCAGGUUAAGAACAGACCUCCGGAACGAAUUAAGUACUUAACCUGAGGUACCACUGUAGCUGUAGACCAAAGUUUAUUGCACAAAAUUCAAAGAGGAAUUUUGAACCCCGAGGAUGGGGUGACAAGGACUUUUAAAAGUUUCUAUCUUAUCCCAGCAUACAGUUCAUUAAGCAUCAUCACUACAUCAUUGGUACAUCAGAAAAGGGGAGGGUUAUACAUGGUUAACAUAGGAGGAAUGUGUUGGGGCAACAGGUGGAUACAGGAUAUGUAUUGGGAAGUACAUUCUAAGCACCUACUAAAGGUAAAGGGACCCCUGACCAUUAGGUCCAGUCGUGGCUGACUCUGGGGUUGCGGCGCUCAUCUCGCUUUACUGGCCGAGGGAGCCGGUGUACAGCUUCCGGGUCAUGUGGCCAGCAUGACUAAGCCACUUCUGGUGAACCAGAGCAGCGCACGGAAAUGCCCUUUACCUUCCCACCAGAGUGGUACCUAUUUAUCUAUUUGUUCUUUGAAGCACCUGCUACAAAGGGACAAUAGAACUUUGGUUUGCAUAGUCUGCCACCUGGGCAAGUCCGGAGGAGUGCCUUUGCCCAGCGAUUGACACCUAUGAGUACCUUCCUGUGAGUACGUGACCUCCCGCUUGAGGGAUUAUGGGGAAACCGAGUGGUUCCCAAGUCCUUGGCCAAUGAAGCAAUGAACCUUGGCGGUGGAAUGAAGGAAACUGGGAAAGGAGUUGAUUUUAUAUGAUUUUUAAAGCUAGGUAACUUCCUGGGCAGUCAAGUCGAAAGGAUACAUUUAUGCAUAAUAUUUGUAACAUUUAACAACUUUAGAGAUGUGCCCCCCCCCCCAUAAUUUCCAUAACAAUAUGCUGACUCCGAGGGACUCGACUAAGGCAUCAUAACGUGGUUCUGAUUACCGCCCACGCCCACAAUAACCCUGCGAGGUUGGUUAGGUGAGAGGGACGUGUGGAGGACCCGUUUCCCGCUUUGUUUUUUGUGCCGGACUCUGACUGUUUUAUCCAACCAGGACACACACAUAUCGUUAUCUUUUCUCAUUUCAUUUGAAAAUAAUUACAGGGCCACCCAAUCCUCUUUGAGUUGGUUUUGGUUGAGUGCCGCUGGGGAAGGGGAAUCCAUUGGAUUUCAUCCACAAACAGUAGAAGUAUAAUAGGUCACCCAUUUUCCCUCUACAAACACUGAUGUUUGAAGAGUUUGGGAAGUUUUGCUUCCAUUGUUGUUGUUGAUAAUUUCAGGGGCAGACACCUGUUUCUUGUUUUUGUUUUGCCUAUUAAGUUAAUAUAGAGUGAUUGCAGCAUGUUUAAACAUUAUAACUUGGGAACUUACCCUCUCAGUUUUUAGGAAGAUGUAAAUUGUAGGCGUUUUAAAAUAGAAAACAUAUAUUCUAAACCAUAUCUUGACUUACUAAAGCAAGAUAUGCACAGACUUUUUGCCUGCUCAGCCUCUUUGCUCUUCCCUUUGGAAGCUUAUAAUUAACCACAGUUUACUGGUUCAGAUGAAAUAGGAAACUAUGGUUAAUUAGAAGCUUCUUGGUUUAAUCAAACUGAAGUGUGGUUGUUUCAACUGCCCUUUUGCUUUUUAAGUUGAAAACAAAAUUUAAAAUAGCUUAUAUUGAAUCAGAUUUGCCAGUCAUGCACAUACACAUACAGAUAUGUGUUUUAAAAAGACGUGCUUUGCACUUAACCCGGCGAAAUACAAAAUAUAGUGGGUUGAACAGACAGCUCAGCCAAUUGGGUAACAAUCUCCAUUCUUUUGCAUUUUAGAGCUGCAUUAUAAAGCGAUACUGUGAGAAGAGGUUUGUGCCCAAGUACCUUGCAACAAUUGGCAUCGAUUAUGGUGUCACCAAGUGAGUACCCUGCUUUCACAAUAGAGAACAUUUGACACAGCAGCUCCUGAAACUAAGAACCACGGCAUUGUGUGUGUGAAACAGAAAGACGGGAAAUUAUGCUUUGAUUUUUCACUGACUUCAAUAAUUCAACAUUUUGUUGCUAUGAUAUUAAUGGAAAUUGCCACUGGGAAACUACAGGUGUUUGUGGGCAUCUCAUUUUGUGCUAUAUUUUGCAUACAAGUGGGGCACAUCCCAGUGGAGCAGAUUUUACAUCUCUGAUCAAUCCCUUAAAGGUAAAGGGACCCCUGACCAUUAGGUCCAGUCGUGGCCGACUCUGGGGUUGCGGCGCUCAUCUCGCUUUAUUGGCCGAGGGAGUCGGCAUACAACUUCCAGGUCAUGUGGCCAGCAUGACUAAGCCGCUUCUGGCAAACCAGAGCAGCGCAUGGAAACGCCGUUUACCUUCCCGCCGGAGCGGUACCUAUUUAUCUACUACACUUUGACAUGCUUUCGAACUGCUAGGUUGGCAGGAGCAGGGACCGAGCAACAGGAGCUCACCCUGUCACAGGGAUUCAAACCGCCGACUUUCUGAUUGGCAAGUCCUAGGCUCUGUGGUUUAACCCACAGCGCCACCCGCGUCCCUAUCAAUCCCUUAUUAGCUAGUAAAAUCCUCAUUGAAAGCAGAGCACAGGCGGCAAGCAUUUUGCACGGAGGUUCCAUUCCUGCUCCCUGCACAUGUUGGUGGAGUGCACAUAAUUGCACCCUGCCCCAUUCUUUUCCGCCCCCAUUCUGCCCUCUUCUUGGUCCUAACGGACCCACGUGUCGGUGACUGCACAUUGUAGGGAUCAGAUGGGAUUACCAUGAGGAAUUGUAAAAUGUACAUCAAGCCAUUGUGUCCACGAUGAAAGUGUUGACUGGGUUUGAUAUAUUGACGAUAAUUUCUGAUUAAAUCCCAUAAGAUUCUACAUUCAUGCCCUUUUGAUGCCCUUUUGCCUCUACUGCCCAUUUCUCUCUCCUCACAUGUCACGUACACAGCAGUUGCUUCGCCAGGCAGGCAUCCUGGGCCAUAAAGAUAGUGGGCAAGUUUCUUUGAUGUAGUAGUCUUUGUAGUUAAAACAAUUUCGUUUGAUCUAACUUUGUCCCCACGUAGGUUUGUGGAAAUGCUCAGAAGAAAACUGAUUGGUUCUUAUGAACACUCUGUAAAAAGUUCUUUUGUGAAUAAAACGGCCUGGGCUGGGGGCUGCGGAAAUCUGACGGACAAGCACAGAGAGACACGAUUAUACGCACCCUUCCCAGAGUCUUGCUGGUUCAAGCCUCUGUGUGUAUUCUUAUUAAUCAGAGUUCAAUCCUUCCUUUACUUUGCGAACGCAACACACGUCAAUUAGGCGUGCCUAAAAUGGUCAUCGCCUGUGUGUAAUCUGAAUGCCUGUGGGUCGCCCUUCACUGGUCAUUUAUCCAGUUACAAUUUUUCUUUGCAGAUUACCCCCAAAGCUUUUUACUGAGCCCUAAAUGAUCAUGCCAAAAUUCAUCUGUGCUCAACAGUCGCGUUGCGAUGCUUGCCUAAUACCCGUGUUGUAGAAAAGUCGAACUUGGUCUGGGAAAGAAGGGUCACUGGAGUGUGUGCACUUGCAUCUUAUGGCUGUGUUCCUCUUUCUUUCAGAGUGCAGGUUCGGGAUCGGGAAAUCAAAGUGAAUAUUUUUGACAUGGCUGGACACCCCUUCUUCUAUGAGGUAAGCGAGGUGGCAGCUUCCUGGCCCUUAGUUUAGGACAUAAAUCCAUAGACUUCUGGUCCUGGCAAGCUAAAUUGCUCCAUGGUGAAAAUUGUGGCCCACUUCAUACCCUCACAUGAGCUGGAGGGCUUUGACUAAUUUGCAUUUAACAUUUAUAGAUUGUCUGGGCAUUUUGGCUUACGGUCAUUGUAACUGUAGGAUAUCUAUUUUAAAUCUUAGUAACUAUACGAGAGCUGAAAAGUAACGAAUUUGUACAUGGCCUGUCCCGAUGCAGUUAAUCUGCUAAAAUUGCUGGUCAAUCCAGCAGCAGCAGCACUUUUCUGCCCGCACAGAUGAUGUCAGAUCAGUUGAAAAGUGGCACACGUGUAAAGGGAAACUGAUCCAGAGAUUCCAAGCCAUUCUCUUUCCUAUAGCACCCUCUUGGUCCCAAAUAUCCAGUUGUUUGUUUCUGUGCUCUGUUAGGUACGCAAUGAGUUUUACAAGGACACGCAGGGCGUAAUCCUGGUGUAUGAUGUUGGGCUGAAGGAGUCAUUUGAUGCCCUCGACUCGUGGCUCGCUGAGAUGAAGCAGGAACUUGGACCACAUGGAAACAUGGAGAAUAUUGUCUUUGUAGUUUGUGCCAACAAGGUAACCAUUCCCAAGAAGAGGCUAAGGUGUGGGAAAUCUUGCUUGUAACCAUGGGCUCUUGCAGAGACUGCCCCCACUCACAAAUCAGAGAACAGUAUGUAGUUUGAAGACUUUACCAGUGUGAAUUACUGGAUUUUAAAAAGGUUAGGUAAAGUCAUGGAGGCUAGGUCAGUAGCUGUGAGCCAGGAUCAUGCUUCCUCCCACCCACCUGUGUUUCAGGUUGAUUGUACCAAGCACCGUUCUGUGGACGAAAGUGAGGGGCGGCUGUGGGCAGAGAGCAGAGGCUUCCUUUAUUUUGAGACUUCUGCUCAGACUGGAGAAGGAAUCAACGAGAUGUUCCAGGUAAAACCAACUAUGUCAAACCUAGAAGCCCUCAUCCAGCCCUUUUCCUUGGCUCUCAAUGGUCUGUGCUCUGUAAGGUUUCCAAUAAAUGCAACAAAUGAAAUAAAUAACAUUUUGUAAAAGAAUUAUAUCAAGAGAGUUACCCUUGAAGGUGAAGUUGUAUGCCCCAAACAAUUUGUUUGGCUUAUUCCUGCAUUGCAGGGGGUUGGGCUAAAUGACCCUCAGGGUCCCUUCCAGCUCCACGUUUCUCUGAGCCUGAUCACAAUGCACCUGCUGAGCACAUCACCACUUUUUCAUUUUUAGAGCUGCUUCUGCAAUUUUCCUUCUCUGGGGAUUCACACCCUACACACCCACUUUCCUUCUCUCAAAUAUAUUUUCCCUGUCCCAUGUUAAAAUGCAGGGAAUGACUUAAUUGCUUGAAUUCCAUUUUGUUGUCAUCUGUUUUUAAUGACUUUCAAGUGAGCAGCCCUUCACUUUUAAAUAAGUAGAACAAUAGGAGCUAGUAGUACAAGAGACUGGUCCUGCUGACUGUGGGAGGCCUUGUGGGUUUGGGGUCAAGAGAGACAAGGAACAGUGGUCUGGCAGAUUAUAGGUGAAGACAACCCCUUUUGACUGUGGGGUGGCUAAGUGGCCAUUGAUGUGGGGGAACUGAAAACCCCAAAGAAUGGUCUGAAGGUCACUGCAACUCACAGAGAGCCAUGCAGUGGCUGUUCUGACACCUUCAGAUAAAAAAGGAACUGGCUGAGGAAGAAGCAGCAGUGGAGAUGAGGUGGUGGCGGGUGGUAGGUUUAAGAGUCUUGAUCUUCCCCACAAAACCUAUAGAUGUUCGUUCUUUCUCAAGUUUCUUGAUAUGAGGUAGCAGAAGGACCUGAGGUUUGGUCCCAUUAAUGAAAUAGGGAUUGUCGAGCUACGGGCACAUAUAAAACUUUGCUACCUGUUCCUUCUGUGUGCUUGUAGACUUUCUACUCUGCCAUCGUUGAUUUGUGCGACAAUGGGGGAAAGCGGCCCAUGGCCAGCAUGAGCGUCAGUUUCACCAAGGAGCAAGCGGACACCAUCCGAAGAAUCCGCAGCAGCAAGGACAGCUGGGACAUGCUGGGUGUCAAGCCAGGGGCCACCAGGUAAUGGAGGCAAUCCCUGCUGGUUUAGAAGCCAGCAAGGGGGAAUUUGGCAGACAGAGAAUGGGAAGGGGCCCUUGGGCGAAGCUAUAACUUUGGGAGUUUAUUAGGCUUGUGCCUGUGGUGACCUCUCUUAAUGGAUGCCUGUCUUGCCCUCCAGGGAUGAGGUGAACAAGGCCUAUCGGAAGCUGGCGGUGCUGCUCCACCCGGAUAAGUGCAUGGCUCCUGGCAGCGAGGACGCCUUCAAAGCUGUGGUCAAUGCACGGACUGCCUUGCUUAAAAACAUCAAGUGAGAAAGGGAGGAAGCAGCUUCUCCCAAGGACAACUGAUCCCUUUUGAGAGGGCUGCCCUUCUCCAGUCCAAAUGAGAGACCUCAAGCGUUGCCUUUGAGCAAGGAUGGUAGGAGCAAGAUCCAGAGGGAAUCACUACAGACAGUUUCCCCCUCAUGCACCUCAACCAUCCAGAACUGUGUCCUGCACUGUUGCAACCAGCUCGUCCAUCUGUGGUGGAUUGCCAAAUCCAUCUGAAUGCAUCCGUAGCUGUACUUUCCUCUGCAGGGAAGCUGGCUUUUGAUUGAGUUGACUCUAAAAAAUAUUUAUUCUUUGUUUAAAGAGCUGCUCCUCUGUACUUUGUUAUCCCAAACUUGGUGCUUUUAAGUCCAGCCUUUUCUCCUCCUCACCCUAUGCCUGGCAAUGUGUCCUGUUCCUUUCGAAUGGUCCUCAGUAAGUGAGCUAUGGUUCCCUGCCCUCCCUUUCCCAUGGUCAUAGCUGUAUAAGGUGGUCACCUCACAUAGCAUAUAGCCAUUCAGACCGGAGCACAAGGAGGAGUGGCUUAGGAGGUAGGCUGCCCCAUCUAUGCUAUCUAGAACACCUCAAAAACAUAACUGGAAGUGGAGGAGCAAAGAGGGUGGAGAUAGGAUCCUCCCCUUUUGCUCGUGGCCUCUUUUCAUUUCCCUUCUUCCAGUCUCCCAAGGCUGUGGGUUUGUCUGGCAGGGAAGGUUAACUGGAAAAUGUGCUUGUGAUGGACAGGGGAUAGCAGGAUUCAUUCUGAGGCUCUGUGGUUUCCAUCUUUUGCAUCCCUUUGCCUGACUGCUCAUAAAGUGACAUUUGCACCUACAGCUGUCACGAGGCCACUUUUCAGAAAAUUAUCCAGGGAGCACCAAAAUGUUCCAACUGGGAAAGACUCUGAGAUUCUCUCUCUACAGCUCUGUUUCCUGGAGUGUCAACCAUGGGAAAAGGAAGCUUUCACAUGGAUUACCUUUGGGUCAGAGUUGGAGAUGAGCGAGAACUGCAGGACUGUACCGCUUGGCAUUUCUUGCCUGCCUUCAGUGCAAACUGUUUAGCUUUUGAUCAGAUAAUGGAGGGAGAGAUUUGCACACACACCCUCAGCCAAAAAUGAUGCCCUCCCCUGCAAUGUUUGUAUAGAUAUAUAUUGAUUCACAUGUGCACUUUAAGCCUUGGGCAAUGGUUUUCAGCUUGCAGACUUGUAUGAACCCCACAGUAGUUUCUUCCCCUCCAAUUGCCUGUGAAGCUCAGUCUUAACAACCGUUGUAAAUGCCUUGUGAUAUAAAUUCCCUGUGAACUUAAGGUUUUGCUGUAUACCCUUGCGAUUGCACUUUCCUGCCUUUGUUUUCUGCCCACAGUGUUGCGUGACUGAGAUCUGACUUCAUUCCCCCUGCCAUUUUGUUCUCCUGUUGAGCUUUUGACCUUGUGAACUCCUAUCUCCAGGGCAGGCUUUUCUACAUGUGGAAGGUACCGCAAGCCCUCCUGGCUCCCUCAGCAGUUGGUGCGGUCCCCGACAAAGAUGGCUGUGCAAACCAGAGCAGGCUUGGCACCACAGGAAGCUCCCUUGUACUGAGUCAGACUGUUGGCCCAGCCAGCUCAGUACUGGCCACACUCAGUAGCAGCUGCUCUCCAGGGUUUCAGACAAGGGGCAUUCCCUUCACUACCUAGAAAUGCCACGGAUUGAACCUGCAAUCCUUCUGCAUGCCAAGCAAGUGUUCUACCAAGACCUAUGUCCCUUACCCUUAUCACUCUGCUGUAAGUGCAGGGCUGCCCCACAGAAAAAAGGGUACCUUUGUAUUUUAGGAGACUGUAGAUCUAUACUGGCUACUCUCUUAUUUCUACUUCAGGUCUGGCUAUUGGGGCAGCCCAGCAGGCAUGAAACUAAACCAGGGUGGAGGUGGGGGAAAUCCAACAUAAUCUUUCCUAAUGUGAAUUUUUCUUUUUUCUCCUUUCUACUAAUGCAGAUUUUUUUUUUUUACGCCUUUGGUUUCAUUCUUGCACCAUCAUUCCCCACCCCUUCUUUUUGGGUGCAGAGCCUUUACGUUUUCGGUUAAAAAGGCUAUUGAAGCUGCAAGCAGCUGUCCCGUCACAAGGAAAGGCUUUGUUGGGAGGUCUUGCUCUGUAACAAAACUGUUCUGCUAAGAUGACAAAAUGCCAUCCCAUCAGAACCAGAGUGCAACAUGAAGAGAUCAGAGCACACAAUAUUGCCACUGUGAUUUAUCCGGGUCAGAUCCUGCCCCCGAGAAUGGGCAGCAGCUUCCUGUAAUUUUGAUGUGAUCCUGGCAUGCUAAGUGGGGCAUAUGGGAGGUACCCUGUUUGCUAGUGAAGGCAUUUUUGGGGUGCUUGUAUAGUUCAACUUUGCAUGAUCUCUGUUGAAUCCUCCCUUGCGCAGCCUCUUUGGAUGAGCAGGGAAAUGGAAUAAGCCUGGGACAUGGAGCAAAUGUGUUCUCCCUCUUUGCAUCUGCCCAAGAACCUUCCAGCGAUCAUGACCUUGUGACCGAUUUCUCUGUAAAAUUCCCUCCCAGUGCAGGCUUUUCUUCUGAAAGUGGAAAAAGGUAAAUGCAGGGUGACUUAAACUCCAAGCCAUAAAGGCAGGGAUCUCUUUCAAAGCAUUUUCUGUUUUUCAGAAACAGUUCCUACUCUCCACCCACCCCAUUCUCAGCCUGCCUUGUGUGAUAAAUGGAUUUGAAUGCACUGUAUUUAUUUGGUAUUUACUUACACUCAACCUCUCUCACCAUACAUCUGAAGGUGUGGAUCAGCUUACUGUGAGCUGACUGAAGAUGUUGGAACGCCAGACACCUGCAUGUUCUUGCAUAGAAAACGUUUCUUCUUUUGAAGUUUAUGUAUUAUUUUUUUACAAAAUUAAAUUGGAUUUAAAACACA